CUUCUGACUGAUACGGUUUCAAAGACUUGUGAAAUCAACUCAUCUCCUGCCUAAGUAUUUCCGUCGGAAACUCUCUGAAACACUGAUUUACUCAUUAAAUAAGUGAGGCUGUGACGAUUUGGGUCAGAUUAAAAGCAAUAUUUUAAGGUCAAUAAUUGUAAGUAGGUCAAGCUCGUCAGUUCGUCAAACAGCGUGAGAAUGGUGAACUGCGGUCUUCUGACAGGGUUAAAUGAGCCAGUUCCUCUGAAGAGCAUCUCAGUGGAGGUUCGGGUUCAGGAUCAUGUCGCCUCAGUCUCCUCCACUCUGCAGUAUGUGAAUGAGGAGCAGCGCCCCCUGGAGGCCUUGUUCGUCUUCCCUCUGCCUGCUGAUGCUGCUGUCUGCCACUUCAGUGCCAAGAUCGGAGAACAGGAAAUUGUGGCAGAGCUUCAAGACAAGGAGACAGCGAGGGAUCAGUAUGAUGAUGCUGUGAGUUCAGGACAGCAGGUGUUUCUGUUGGAAGAGAGCGCAGAGAGUCCUGAUGUGUUCAAACUGAGUGUCGGGUGUCUGUCGCCGGGUCAGAACGCUGCCGUCACCAUCAUCUACGUCAUUGAGCUCGCUGUGCAGGCCGACCAAUCACUGCGCUUCUGUCUGCCGGCUGUUCUCAACCCCAGAUACACACCAGCAGGUUCAGGUGCUGGUAUAGUGUCAGAGAUUUCAUCAGUAUGUGGAGCAGUUCCCUACACUCUGACUCUCAGUGUCCACGUGAGCUCUCCAAAGCCCAUCUCCAAACUAGAGUCCAACUGCACUCUGGAUCCUCUAGUGUUCCUCCACUCUGAUCACACUCAGGCUACGGUGAAUCUGAGUCCUGGUCACAUGUUUGAUAAGGAUGUUGAGCUGUUUCUGUACUAUCAGGACACCCAUCAGCCCUCUGCUGUAGUGGAGGCAGGAGCGGCCACUGCACCAUCAGACUCUCUAAUGAGAAACCCUGUGGUCAUGAUUAGUUUGUAUCCAGAGUUGCCAGAUGAAGUGGCAACUCCAGGCGAGUUUGUUUUUGUUAUGGACAGAUCAGGGAGUAUGGACUGCAUGAUGCAUCGUGGAAACGAAACACAGAACCGCAUUGAAAGUGCAAAGGACACUCUGCUCUUACUGUUAAAGAGUCUGCCCAUGGGAUGCUACUUCAACAUCUAUGGAUUUGGAUCUGAUUUUGAGUCUUUCUUCCCUAAAAGUCUCGAGUACAAUCAGGGCACAGUGGAUAAAGCUAUUAAAAGAGUUAUGGAAAUACAAGCAGACAUGGGCGGCACAGAGAUUUUACAGCCUCUAAAACACAUCUACAGUCAGCCCUGUAUCCCUGAACACCCCAGACAGCUGUUCAUCUUCACUGAUGGAGAAGUAGGAAACACUAAAGAGGUGCUGGAUCUGGUGAAACGUCAUGCUCACUCUCACAGGUGUUUCUCGUUUGGGAUUGGUGAAGGUGCGAGUACCGCCCUCAUCAAAGGAUUGGCCAGAGAGGGAUCUGGACAUGCUCAGUUCAUCACAGGCAGCGAGCGCAUGCAGCCCAAAGUGAUGGAGUCCCUCAGGUUUGCUCUUCAGCCCUCUGUGUCUAAUAUCUCUGUGAAGUGGAAACUUCCAAAGCAUGUUACUGCUGAAACAGUUUCUCCACCCAUCAAUGUGCUCUUCCAGGGUCAAAGGACUCUCAUUUAUGCCCAACUUAAAGGAAAGAGUUCACGAGACUCUGAGGGAUCAGUGACAGUCAAAUACAGUCUUAAAGAUCAACCAGUAAAAAAAAAGCUGCACUUCUGCAUCAAACCAACUGAGGAAACUGGGUUGGCCGUUCACCGGCUGGCAGCUCGAACCCUGAUCCGUUCUCUAGAGCAAGAGGAGAGAUCUAGUGCUGAAUGUAAGAAUCUCAGGAGAACAAUAGUGGAGCUCAGUGUUCAAGCAGGAGUGAGCAGUGUUCAUACAGCCUUCAUUGGCAUUAAUAAAGACACAAAACAGACUGUGAAAGGACCCCUGCAGCAGAGAAGAGUGCCGACAUACGAAGAAAUGAAAAAAUGCAGCAGUUCUUUGCCUUGGCGAGUGAAAUUGAGAGGUUCUUCCCCACUGCAAUAUUUUUCACGACUGCAACUGCACGCACCGCUGAAAAUGUCGACAUUUCGGUUGGGAGGAGCAGCUGAUCGAGACCUUUAUGAGUCAACGAAUAAAAGAUGUUCUUCAUUGAAAAUGGCAGCUUCUCGCCUGAGUGGUGUUUUAAAAAGGCCUGAUAUCAGAAAACCUUCCUCGCAAAAGCAAACUGCUCCUGAGCUCCAGCAGGACCUGGUACUCCCGCUGGUUUCCCUCCAGAAGGCCUCUGGCUGCUGGGAACUGGAUGCCACAUUGGCUGCUGUUUUUGGGAAGACGAAGGAUGAGCUGACCAAUCAGAAACCAGCACAGGUGGAUGGGUCAGUGUGGGCCACUCUCCUGGCUCUGAUCUGGUUGUACGGCUGGAGGAAAGAGCAGCAGGUGGAGUGGCAGUUUGUGGCCCAGAAGGCAGCGGCGUGGAUCGCCUCUCAGAAAGUGGGCGAUCUGUCUCAGUGUGUGUGUGUGGGAAAUGUCCUGCUCGGAUGUCAGGUCACCAAAGACACUCUGGGGAUCUGAAGAUAUCAGAAGACCAAAGUACAGACACCAUUACAUUUAUACUUAAUCUCUUACUCUCUUCAGAAACUUUUAAUCUGUGAUUUUAUUUGCUCAAAUCAACACCAAAUCCUAAAUGAACCUGACCUCCACCAUCAUUAGGCAUUUUAGGUUCCAAAGUAAAAACAACAACAACAACUAUCCACCUUUUUUGUACUGCUCAUGAUGCUUGUGUGAAUUACAGGAGUAAUUAUGGAACGUCACAGUAAUUGCUUAAAAAUUCUUGGUUCAGUGAUGUCUCUAUUUUCAGUUCAUCCAUUGAAUAUUAAAAGACAGUUAGCAAAUUAGCUUUCAAUUUUCAGCAGACCACAUCUAAAAAUGUAAAUCAGCAGUAAUAUUACAGAUGUAUAUUGUAUAAAACUAUCCUGUUAGGAAUCCAAUAAUACAAUCAUUUUGAGGAAUAAAACACACUGAAGUCAACAGAGCUUCGGCCACAGAUAAGCUUAUGAAACUAAAAUAAAGCUUAUAACAGGCCCGUUCACACCAGCAUGACAACUAUAAAGAUACCAAUCAGGAUGGAGUGGUAAAAAUCCUUCUGAAUGUAAAACAACAGCAGAGUUCAGACCCUGAACUAUAACAAUAAACAUGUAGAUAUAUAUGAUACACAUAGGCAAUUUUGUUCUCAGCUGGUAAAUGAUAAAACAUUAUGGAGAAGCUUUGUUUGGUGUGGCAUUGUUCAAUCUUUUCAAAUGACUAUUAUACGACUAUUUCAUAUGAUUGUUAUACCAUGGCAAAUAAUGAUAAAAAUACAUGUUAUGUGAGCCAGGCAAGCAAUAUCUCUCAUCUAUUCACUUUCCUUUGGCUUAUUCCUUGCUUUAUCAGAGGUCGCCACAGCAGAAUGAACCACCAAUUGUUCUGCCGUUUUUUUAACUGGUGGCAUUUGUUUUAUUUCUGUCAUUAUAUUUAAGGUUAUUGUGCUCGGUAUGAACUGGCCUUUACUCUGUUCUCGUGACAGACAAAAAUAAAGGACAAAGCCAACUCGG